AUGGUGUCGUCUCCGGUCGCCUCAGAGACUUAUCGGUGUAACUCACUUGACCCGCGUGUUUCUUGCCGUUGCAUCGAACGUUUAGAGCACCAAUACAUCGCAGGAUCAUUGUUAUCGAGACUUCGAGGGUCCAGCCGCAACGGGAAACGUUCUCCAUCUCCGAUUGGCAUUGCAUCAGAGAUGUCUACAUCAAAAUCACCACACUCAGGGGCAGACGCGGACGAGCUGGUUCAAACUCCUCCGCUUUCGAAGUCUGUUCCCGAAGACACGCUCUUCGCCUCAGAUGAAUGGUCGUCGCUACAGCAGGCCCGCACUCAGCAUCCCUUCUCUCCUUUGACCCUCGACGACUUGGGUCUGAAUCCCCCCGCCACUCCUAGCGCUUUACUAGACAUCGUCGUGCCGCCAAAUCUAGCAGACCAAGGAGACGACGUUGAAGUUACGCCGGCCGAAAACGUCGCCAUCCCAAAGCAUGAUGCUCCCACCACUAUCUCGGGCACGAGUGACUCUGCACAGUCCGAAGACGUUUCCCAUCAGCCAGUAACACUCGCCUCAAGCGAUGAAAAAGCCUGCACAGAGACUCAGUCUACAUCUACGGCCACUGAAGGCCAUGAGUCCUUCUUGGCCUCUUUCCUCCAGAGUCUCACAGGAGGAGAGCUGAUGCCCGUAACCCGAGUCUCUGCCUCGGCGGGUCCAUCAAGAACCGAGGUGGAAGCUGAAGCAAGGUCUUCUGCUUGGGUAGAGCUUUCGCAGCCUGGCACGAUGGCCAACGUCGGAGCCUGGUCGAGGAUAAGUGCCAUGCAGAAACAUCAUGACCCCACCGCGUCUCCGCACAAUGGCAGGGCCGGCAAGAGCGUGUCAUUCGGUGUCGCUGGGACAGGCGCUUUACAUGGCAGCAUGAGAAAGCCUCCGAAAACAGCUUCAAGCCGAUUCGUCCAAACAACCAACGCCCCAGUUGACUCUGCGUCCGAGCUGUGGUCGUCCACGUUAUCGUGUACUCCGCAGCAAAAGUCUCCCUCUGGCCACAACGACCACGCAAGCACAAGAGCUUCUUUCUCACAUCCUCACUCAAUCGUUGGCAGGUCGCAAGGAUCCAAGAACCGGAAUCUGUGCGGAGGGGUCGGUGACAAAGCUUUAUACUCGACGCCGUUGCAGCGCUCUGAACGCAACAAAUCUCGUCCCUUGAAGUCGGAAUCUUCACAUCACUCUGGAGCAGAUAAAGCGAAGGCCAAACUGUCUCUAGACCUCUCCAGCUUGAGCCAUUUCUCGUUGCCCCAAGCCAUACCUUUGCAGCCGCGGCCUCGCUACCCGAUCUCCAUGGUCGAAACGGCUGCACUCUACGAGACCGAUCAGGAUACGGAUCGCGAGUCCGACACCAGUCCUUCUGGUAGCACUCCUUUCUGUGUGACCUCGAAUCCAAUUUUUCCUGUCUCAGGAACAGCUAAGAGGAAAUCGUUCGACCGUGCACAGCGCAACGACCAGCUGCGUUCGGCCAACGAGCUUUCCAGCGUCGCUGUCAGCUUCAGUCCACCCGGCAGACCUUCCAACCCGACUUCUGAGCAUCGAGAUGUCCUCUCCUUCUCCGGAGAUCCCAAUGGUCCUCUCAAAAAAGUGCCUCUGUCCAACGUUGUCCGGUCUCGAAGUUGGUCUCAUGCGUCUCAAACCUCGUCCAGUACUCAAUUUGUACCACCUGGGCCGGUCAAACCUGCAAAUGCGGACAAGACGGAUCACCCGAAGCUUUCGCAGUCAACGUCAGCGGGAGAUGGCGCGGCAUGCUCAUCUUCCCUCUCGAAUAUUCCCUCGUCGGAGCGAGCAAGCUCCACGGGAGCGUCAUCGAAGCGCGACGCUAAAGCCUUUGCAACAUUCGUCAGCAACGGAAACCGAAGUGCGUCAUACGACUUCACACGUCAAGCACUUUUGGACUUGAUACGUCGGACGAAUUUAGGGAUGGCACAGAACACACGUUCUGAUAGCACCGCGGCUGGUUCUUUACCUUGUAGACCUCCGAGCAGCUCAAAGGAGUGCAGCUCUGUUGCUGUCAAGCCAGUGACUACAGCGCAUGAUGCUUCUGUCAGCUGUCCUUUGAAUGUGCCAGCUGACCUACAGGCACGGCUUCAAAGCUGGCAACAUCAUCGAAAGCGACAGAAAUUGCCGGACGAGGCGCCGAAUGAUACAUUAAGGGACACGGCGGCAUCACAAAUCUGUAGCGAUACCGACCCGAACGAACUCCUCAAAUCCAGUCGAAAUGCACUGCUUGCAGAAUUGCGAGUCGGAGAACAUUCUUGGUCCAACAAGGUAAGCAGUGCCGAGGAGCAGGAGCAAAAGUCACGCAAACACGAGCACUAUCAACGCCUCCUUAAUGAGCUCGACGCUCAGAUGCAGACAAUGAGGCGUACUGAAGCGCGGAAACAGAGCGAGAAAGAGGCGGCCGACGAUCAGCCGCGGGCAGGCACUUCUCAAGAUGGAUCCAAGAAAAAAGCUGAGUUCCGGAAGCCCUCCCCACCUUCAAAGGCUUCUGCAGCGAGCAGCUCGAAAACCAUUGGCUGCAACGCCACGACUUUUGUUUCAAAUGAUGAGGAAGCAGCUCAACUUUCGGUUCAGCCAAGCCAAGGAGAUAUUGCUAGAGCAGGUGGUACCACACUGGUCGCGCUGUCUUUAUCGAAAGACGACACUCCUACUGUUAAUUCGUAUGCAGCGACAAAAGGAACGGGUUCAGACUUUCUUACAUCAGCAAAUGCUUCCGCGCCAAACACAUUCAGCGCAAAUCCAUGCACUCCUGCUGAUUCUUCCGCCACUUGGACAGUCGGUCCUGCAUCAACGUCUUCCGGGUUGCAGAGCUUGCCUUCGGGCUCGGGAUGGCUGCCAAAUUCGUCAUAUGGCUUUGACAACUGGCAGCAGAAUCCCGUUCGAUCGCAGCCCACGUUCAGGCAUAGUAGUCACCAGAAUGCAAUAGCGCUUUCGACUGAAUGGCAAAGCUGUCCAAGAGCUUUGAUCCAGCCUUCGUGGCUCAGUAGCUCCGCCGGGGAUAACUCCAACCAGACGGCGUCACCGAUGUCGGUCACAUCUGCCGGUUGGACACGAUCUUUACAUCAAGGAGUCGGAAACAUCUCGAACUCAUCAUUAGCCGUGGAACUGAUGUUAAGGCAUCCCAACUGGAGUCGCGACUUGCUUCCUGGGACUUGGAACCACACAAAUACCGUGCACGCCCCACACCACAUCGACACAUCUUCUUUCGCCAUCUCAACCGCGGCAGGAAAUUGGGGUCGCACCUCAGUCACGCCGCUGCAGGUAUCGAAUGAAGCUGCUCAGACUAUCGCCGCAACCGGCAGCUCGACCAUCAAACGACCUUUUUCGCCCGGAGCAGAGGUGAUUUUCUGGUCCGUCAAAGGCGAACAUUCGGUGAAACUCAGAGGCACGGUUGAAAGCUCGAAGUCUCUCUGUCAAGGUUUUGCCAAGAAGAUGGACAUUCAUACGCUCCACACGUCGCUGGUUUCGGCAUUCUCAUCCUCCAAAUCCAAACCUGACGAGGUGCGUUCUCUGCUCACGAAGCUGAAGAUCGCCUUGACGGAGCACAACUUGCUGGUGCCUUCGGCGUCUUCCUCCUCAUCAACGUCCGAUCUCGUUCUUGCACGAGAAGUCCUCGAAAUCGGAGCCUUCUACUCGGUCCGCAUCUCGGACAUCCCCGCCUUUGACCGUUACAUUUCGCUCCUCACGCCCUUCUACGACGCCUCUCUCCCCACUUCCUCGCACUACGAACCACUUCUCGGACUUCGACUUCUACGACUCCUCAGUUCGAACCAGAUCUCUGCUUUCCAUACCCUCAUCGAAACGCUACCUACCGAUCUGGUGAAUGGUAGUCGAUUCCUUCAACAUCCGGUCAGCUUGGAAAGGUGGUUGAUGGAGGGAUCCUACUCGAAGGUGUGGAGGUUGAGUAGGGAGACACCGCCUCAGGAUGAAUACCGGUUCUUUGUGGAUCUGCUGAUGGAUAUGAUUCGAAAUGAGAUCGCUAGUUGUGAGGAGAAGGCGUACGAUAGUUUGGCACUGCACGAUGCAGCUACGUUGUUGUUCUUUGAUAAGUUGGAUCACGUAUUGGCCUUUGCACAGACCGUAAGUACCAACCACCACGUCGGGGAGUCAGUAAAAGUGUGCGGUCAACUGACAAAGAAAUCUUUGCUGUUGGGUCGAUAA